AUGUUUGGUAUCCAGUGGAUAUGGACAGCUUUGGUGCUGGCUGCAGUUUGCUUCCUACUGCAAGAAUUGUUUUUCAUGAAGAAGAGGAAAAGAUUGCCUCCAGGACCAAAAGGGCUUCCAAUCUUGGGGAAUUUACACAUGUUAGGGAAGAACCCUCAUCAGGAUUUGUGCAAAUUAGCCAGAAAACAUGGUCCUAUUAUGCAUCUGCGAUUCGGUUAUGUUCCGGCAAUCGUAGUCUCAUCACCGGAAGCAGCAGAGAAGUUCCUUAAGACUUAUGAUCAAGUUUUUGCAAGUAGGCCUUAUCAUGAAGGUUCUUGGUAUGUUAGUUAUGAGCAGAGGAACUUGAUUUUUGGUCCGUAUGGGCCUUAUUGGCGAAAUAUGCGAAAACUCUGCAUCUUACAGUUGCUCAGCAACCAGAAGAUCAAUUCAUUCCAGCCCAUGAGAAGAAAAGAAGUUGGAGCAUUGGUUGAAUCACUCAAGACGGCAGCUUCUGAUUCUUCUGUUGUCGAUCUUAGUGCUGCAAUUUCGUCGUUAGGCGCGAACAUUGGUUGCUUGAUGAUCUUUGGGAAGAAGUACAUGGACAAGGAUAUUGAUGACAGGGGAUUUAAAGAUGUUGUUACAGAAGUAAUGCAUGUUGGAGCACUUCCAAACCUUGGUGACUUCUUUCCUGGGCUUGGUGUGCUUGAUCUUCAAGGGAUCACGAGGCGAUUCAAGGCGCUGAGUAAGGUUUUCGAUAGUUUCUUUGAGAGAGUUAUUGAUGAGCAUGAGCAAUCUCAAGAGCAGAAGCAAACCAAGGAUUUUGUGGAUAUCAUGCUUGAAAUUAUGCAUUCUGGUGAGUCUGAAUUUGAGUUCGACCGUCGCAAUAUCAAAGCAAUACUACUGGAUAUGCUUAUUACCUCAAUGGACACAUCGGUAACAGCAGUUGAAUGGGCUAUUUCAGAUCUUCUCAGGCAUCCAGAGUGUAUGAGAAAACUCCAGAAAGAAUUAGGCAAAAAAGUCGGACUCGACCGAAUAGUGGAGGAAUCAGACCUGGAGAACUUAGAGUACUUAAACAUGGUUCUAAAAGAAUCCAUGAGGCUUCAUCCUGUGGCACCCCUUUUGCUGCCUCACGAAUCCAUGGAAGAUUGUACUGUUCAUGGUUUUCAUAUCCCGAGAAAAUCCCGGAUUAUUAUCAAUGUAUGGGCUAUUGGGCGUGAUCCAAACGUCUGGCAUAAUCCUGAGAGUUUCAUCCCUGAAAGAUUUAAAGAAAACAAUGUCGAUUUUCGGGGACAGGAUUUCAGGCUUAUACCAUUUGGUUCAGGCAGAAGAAGUUGUCCAGGUUUGCAGUUGGGAUUGACAGUUUUCCGGUUUGUGUUGGCACAAUUGGUUCACUGCUUCGAUUGGAAACUUGCUGAUGAUAUUCAUCCUACCGAAUUGGAUAUGUCUGAGGCAUUUGGUUUGGUAACAUCAAGAGCUCAGCAUUUAAGUGGAAGUACAAUACAACUAAUCUGGAACAAGAAGAAGAAAAAAAACAUGAUGCCUCCAAUUUGGAUUCAUACAGUAUUUGUUGUAUUAGCAAUUUCUUUCCUCACAGUUGUGAUGAAGAAGAAAAAUAGAAAUCCAUUGCCUCCUAGUCCAAAAGGGCUACCAAUCCUCGGCCAUCUCCAUCUCUUGGGUAAAAAUCCUCACCAAGAUUUGCAUAAAUUGUCAAACGAGCAUGGCCCUAUUAUGCAUCUGAAAUUCGGGUUUGUGUCGAAUAUUGUUGUUUCGACUCCUCAUGCUGCUGAGCAAUUUCUCAAGACAAAUGAUCUUGUUUUUGCAAGCCGGCCACCACAUGAAGCAGCUAAGCAAAUCAGUUGGGGACAGAGAAACCUUUCCUUUGCCAAAUAUGGUCCAUAUUGGCGUGACAUGCGAAAGUUAUGCACUUUAAACUUGCUUAGUAACCUUAAAAUCAGUUCAUUUCAGUCUAUGAGAAAACAAGAGAUUGGAUUUUUUGUGGAAUCCCUCAAAAGGGCUGCCAUAAAUCGAGAAGUUGUCGAUAUAAGCGCGGAAGUUGCUGCGUUGAAUGCGGAUAUGAGUUGCUUAAUGGUGCUUGGAAAGAAGUAUGAAGACAAGGAAUUCGAUGAGAGGGGAUUUAAAGCAGUGAUCAAAGAAGGGAUGCAGUUAACUGCUACUCCUAAUCUUGCAGAUUACUUUCCGAUUCUUGGAGUACUUGAUUUACAGGGAUUGAAAAGAAGAAUGAAGGCUAUUGCCAAAGUUUUUGAUGGUUUUUUCGAGAAAAUAAUCGAUGAGCAUGAGGAGAAUCCAAACCAUGGAGAUAGACAAUCUGAUGACUUUGUUUAUACCAUGUUGCACCUCAUGAAAUCAGGAGAAUCUGGAUUUCCAUUCGACCGGCGUCACAUCAAAGCAACUUUGCUGGAUAUGCUGGCUGGAUCAAUGGAUACAUCAGCUACAGUUGUGGAAUGGAUACUAUCAGAACUUCUGAAACAUCCACAAGUGAUGAAAAAGCUCCAGAAAGAAUUGGAAGAAAUAGUUGGCCUAGAAAGAAUGGUGGAAGAGUCUGAUUUGGACAAUAUGAAAUAUUUAGAUAUGGUUGUCAAAGAAGCAAUGAGGCUUCAUCCCGUGGCGCCAUUACUGAUCCCUCACGCCUCUGUACAAGAUUGCGUUGUUGACGGAUUCCACAUACCCAAAGAUUCGCGGGUUAUUGUUAACGUAUGGACUAUUGGGAGGGAUCCGAACGCGUGGUCCAGUCCCAAUGAAUUCAUUCCAGAGAGAUUUGUUGGGAGCAAACUUGAUGUAAAGGGACAUGAUUUUCAGCUUUUACCUUUUGGAUCAGGAAGAAGAGGGUGCCCUGGAAUGCAACUUGGGCUUACCGUGGUUCGCCUUCUGGUCGCGCAAUUGGUGCAUUGUUUCGAUUGGGAACUCCCAGACAAGAUGUUGCCUGAAGAUCUGGAUAUGACUGAAGAAUUUGGCCUGGUUGUCACCAGGGCUAAACAUCUAAUGGCUAUUCCAACAUAUCGUCUCAAGUAG